CAUAAAUUGUGAGACUGAGAGUUAGCUCCUAUAUAUCUAGUGUAAACGCAAGAGUGCUUGAGCACUCGAAGAACAAAAAUUUGAAACUUGAAACCUGUUAUAGCUUUAUUAUAGCAAAAGUUAGAAUGGAUAGAAGGCUAUUUGAUGCUUCACGUACAGGAAAUGUUGAUAAUCUGAUGGAGCUAUUAAGAUCUGAUCCUAUUAUCGUUUGCCGCGUUGGCUUGGUUGAUGGUGAUUCCCCCUUGCAUCUCGCUUGUAUGGGUGGCCACUUCAAUUUUGUGAAAGAGAUCCUCAAGUUGAGGAAAGAACUAGCAGGGGAGAUGAAUCAGAAUGGUUUCAGCUGCUUGCAUAUUGCUGCUGCCAAUGGGGACUUGCAUAUUGUCAAAGAGAUUCUAAAAGUGGACAUUGGUUUGUGUCUUAUGAAGGGAAGGGAGAGAAGGAUUCCUCUUCACUAUGCUAUUGUCAAAGGCAGAGUUGAUGUCAUCAAGGAAUUGCUCUCUGCUUGUGUUGAAUCCGUUGAAGUUGUGACAUCUCGGGGAGAAACCGCGCUCCACCUUGCUGUCAAGAACGGGCAGUUUGAAGCGUUACAAGUGUUGAUCAAGCACAUCAAGAUGUUCAAUAAGAUGGAGGUCUUUAACAAACAGGAUGAGCUAGGAAAUAGUGUCUUGCACCUUGCAGCAGCAAGGAAACAACACGAGGUGGUGGAUCUGUUGCUGAAUGGGAGCUUAGCAGCAAGUUGGGCAGUUGGAGUGAAUUCUUUUAACAAAAUGGGAUUCACAACUCUUGACGUCUUUUUUCUUUCUCAAAGUGAAGCUGGCGAUAGGGAAAUUGAAGACAUUCUUCGUCAAGCUGGAGCCCUUAAGGCCACAGACGUGGUAGGAGUACCAAUCAGAUCAUGUAAUUCAAACAGACAACAUGGGGAGGUAAUGCCUAGACGAAAAAUGAAGAGCGGGUGGUUAGUAGACUUCAUAAAGUAUGACAAGGAUAGAGAUGUCACAGAAUCCGCAAGAGAAACACUGGUUGUGAUCAUGAUGCUCAUAGCUAUGCUCACAUUUCAAGCUGCUCUUAAUCCUCCUGGCAACUUGCAACAGCAACAGCCCAAUUACCAAAUUGAAGCUGAUCACCUCAUUCACUAUUCAUCACACAUAUUCUUGUUUUUCAACUCGCUCGGGUUCUUCAUCAGCCUCCAUGUGUUUCAUACCGUUACGAGGGCAUUUCCCAUGAGACUUGAGCUGGUAUUCUCUGUUUUUGCAAUUGGGAUAACUUACAUCAGUUGCCUAAUGAUCAAGUUGCCAACCUACUUCUGCUAUUAUCUUUGUGUGGGCAUACCAUUCUUAAUGGUCUUUGCCCUCAACAUUUCACGUUCGGUAGAUUGUUUGCAUCCACACAAAGUUACAUCAGCCCUCCCUUCACUGAUUAACCAAGCUUGAAGGAUUAUAUAUUUGAAUUUAUUCUUAGACCUGUAUUUCUCUGUAUUCUGGAGAGUUUAGGGGAUUUGACUAUGUAUCCGAAUAUAUAUAUAACUGUAGAGUGGGUUUAGAAUUUAUUUAUGUUGAAAAUAGUACUAAUAGGUUUAUGUAAAACCCACCACUAAUAUGAAAAUUUAGUGAAUAAUUAUGAAAACUAAAAAGUUACUGUACUAA